GUGGGAGUUUUCGCAAAUAAACUCACAUCAAGUUGUAACUUGUAACUAGACCGCCGACUGUGGUGAUACAAUAGCAGCUUGAACUAAAAUACUGUUGAAAGGCAAUAAACAAUGGCUCCUACUGUUGAUAAAGAGAAUCUUCAUAGCGGAAUCAACGGUGAAAACCGUGUGCAAACGAAGUCGCCCAUGAAAAAUAGUGUAUUGGCUACGAAAAAUGACAAUUUGACUGAGGAAAUGGACCUCGAUAAAAAUUUCGAAGAGUUCGACCCACAGAAGGAACCUCUGCUGCGUGAGAACCCGCGGCGCUUUGUCAUCUUCCCUAUUCAAUACCCCGAUAUAUGGCAAAUGUACAAGAAAGCUGAAGCUUCGUUUUGGACCGUCGAGGAAGUCGAUUUGUCCAAGGAUUUAUCAGACUGGGAAACCUUAAAAGAUAGUGAGAGACAUUUCAUCAAGCAUGUCCUUGCUUUCUUUGCGGCUUCAGAUGGCAUUGUAAAUGAAAACUUGGUUGAGAGAUUUUCACAAGAAGUUCAAGUCACUGAGGCAAGAUGUUUCUAUGGCUUCCAGAUAGCCAUGGAAAAUGUUCAUUCUGAAAUGUAUUCCCUGCUUAUAGAUACAUACAUCAGAGAUCCGAAGGAGAGAGAUUUCCUGUUUAAUGCGGUUGAGACUCUUCCCUGUGUAAAGAAGAAAGCAGAUUGGGCUCUACAGUGGAUUGCAAGCAAGACUGCAACAUUUGGUGAAAGGAUUGUUGCCUUUGCAGCUGUGGAAGGAAUCUUUUUCUCAGGCAGUUUUGCUUCCAUCUUCUGGCUCAAAAAGCGGGGCCUUAUGCCGGGACUUACAUUCAGUAAUGAACUUAUUUCCAGGGAUGAGGGUCUGCAUACAGAUUUUGCUUGUCUGAUGUUCCAACACUUAGUUCAAAAGCCAACUAAGGAAUGUGUCCUGCAUAUUAUAAAAGAUGCAGUAGUCAUUGAACAAGAGUUUCUCACAGAUGCGCUCCCUGUAAGACUGCUCGGUAUGAACUGCGAACUAAUGUCUCAGUACAUAGAGUUUGUUGCAGAUAGAUUACUUGUUGAUCUAAUUGGAGAAAAGCAUUACAACACAAAGAACCCCUUCGACUUCAUGAAUCUAAUAUCGCUGGAAGGUAAGACAAACUUUUUCGAGAAGAAAGUUGGAGAAUACCAAAAAUGCGGUGUGAUGGCCAAUCGCCUUGACAAUGUGUUCACACUAGAUGCAGACUUCUAGCACCUAAAUCUGGCUUUUAAACCGUGUAUUCCACAUAACGGCAGUAUUAAUGAUUCCAAUCUGACAGUGUGUAGUGUGUUAAAGAAAAUUGAAACAAAAAGUAAUAUUAAAUACUUCUAUGGAUUAAGCAUCAAUAAACAAUUAAUAUUGACGUAAGAUUCCGAAAAUGGAGGAAUUUUUAUUUUUAUUUUUUUAAUUAUGAAUAAUUAAGAAUUGUAUUUCUUUUUCUUCAGAUAAAUACUUUGUGUAGUGACUUAAUUUUUAAAUUGUAACUUUAAUUUCAUUAUAUUAUUGAUUUUUAAGAUUGAUAGAUGUAUUGUGUAAGUUUGAUAAAUGCUUCGUUUCUAUGUUAAGUUAAAUAUAAGCAAUACUUAAAGUUUAUUAAGAUAAGUUAUGUGUGAUAAUUGUAUUAGUUAAGUGCUUAAUAUAGCUUUAAAUUUCAUAUAAUUGAAUAAAAUGGAUAACCGCGGACUCCUUAAUAGUAAGUGUACUGUACCAAUGAAAUGUUAUUUAAUAACAAUGUGAACAUGUAGUAAUCAGGGAAAAUAUUUUUAUAUAUGUGGUCAAUAAUAAUGAUACCAGACAUAAGGGAACCCUUCCUAACAUUAGCGAGGUGUUAACAUUAGGUUGCUAAGUUCACUGCCCUCUUGAAUCGUGUGCAAUAUAACAAAUAAUAAUAUUGAUGCCAAUAUAUCAUACAUAUUUCUUGCGAGUUGUGACAAUCCGCCUUGACAGAUGACACUCACUAGGUGGAAAGUGUAGCGCCGAAAUUUAAGACCGGGUUUCUGCUGAGCAGAGAACUCAGGAGAACGAUUUAAAGCAUUUCUGUUUUAGUUUGAAGUUCCCAAGAAUUACUUCAAACGAAAAGUGAUACACUGUUUUCCGUUUUAAUAAUCUCAUUAGGGUUUUGAGAACGGUUCCCUUACACUGCAUACAAACAAACAUAUGCAAUAAAGUGCAUUUU